GGCAGGGUUUGAAAACUCGCAGCUGAAGUUUGAAGGGUGUCCUCCCGCCUUGGAGGGAACAGAAGCACUCACCGGCAGGGACCCAAUAGCUUCCAGGAAAGCGGAGUAGGCAGCAGAGCCUGGAUGGACAUCCCUGGGUGACAGCCUCCCACUGUGGUUAAGAGCUCGAGUAGAGGAGACAGUCUGAUUAGUUGCUGGAGGAGGGGUUUUUUUUUAAUUAUUAUUGCAAUUUUUAAACUUUUGCAUUUUGUGUGUGUUCUUGGUGUGGUAUGGAAGUGCCACAGAUGGCCAGCGUCCAGCGCAGGAGGUGACUGUGUGCCGCGUCACCCACGGGUGCUGAAGUACACGAGGAGGAGCGCAUUGACCGGUGCUGCGAGACAUGGCCCAGCGAUCAUGGCGAAGGACAGGGCUGAAGCUGCCCGCCCCAGCAGCCCUCGGGGUGCUGCUGGCCCUGGCCCUACUGGCCCUCACCCAUCUGCCCCCACCACCGGACCAGUACCCCCACCCACUGCCAGCACUGUCUCCCCCAAGCUCCCAGUGGGAGGUGGCUGCUCCCUUAUCUGGGGCACAAGCCCAUAGUGAAAGGCUCCCCAUAACUACCACUCAUCUGAUGUGGGACCAACCCCCUGGACGGAGCAGGAGGCGGUGGCGGAGGGUGGCAGGGGAGAUGCCCCCGUGGUUCUCCGAUGAUGAUCUCCAGAAGAUGCAGCUGCUGGCCAGAGGGCAGGUGAUCUCCAAAACCCGUGUCCCAGCCCAUGGGCAAGUCCUGCGAGUGCGGCUGCAGGCUGUGGGGCACACAGAAGUGGACGCUUCACCAGCCAGCCCUCAGGGAGACUGCUGGGAUGGGCACUGUGGGCUCAUCAAGCGCCCCAGAGACAUCUACGAGGUGCUGGCCUUCCACUUGGACAGAGUGCUCGGGCUGAACCGCAGCCUGCCUGCUGUGGCCCGGCGCUUCACCAGCCACCUCCUGCCCUACAGCUAUACUGACGGCUCCCUGCGCCCCAUCGUCUGGUGGGCACCUGAUCUCCAGCACCUGGAGGAUGCCAACAAUGACCAGAACUCCUGCGCCUUGGGGUGGCUACAGUACCAGGAGAUGCUGCAACCUCGUGGACCAACACCGGCAGCUGGGGAUGCUCCCUGCUCCAGCAUCCCACACGACGAGUGGAGCCGCCUGGCCCUCUUUGACUUUCUCCUCCAGGUUCACGACCGCCUGGACCGCUACUGCUGUGGGUUUCAGCCUGAUCCCUCUGAGCCCUGUGUGGAGGAGAGGCUCCAUGAGAAGUGCCGAAACCCGGCAGAGCUGGUCCUGGUCCACAUCCUGGUCCGAAGAAGUGCACCGUCUCGCCUGGUGUUCAUUGACAACGCAGGCAGGCCACAGCACCCAGAGGAGAAGCUCAACUUCAGGUUACUGCAAGGCAUAGACAGGUUCCCAGUGGGAGCAGUGGCCACGCUUCAGUCGGGCAAGUUGCAGAGCCUGCUGCUGGAGUCACUUCGCGUGGAUCAGGAGCUCUGGGAGAGCCAAGCCGGUGCUGAGGGCCUCAGGCCCCUGCUUCAGACUAUUGACAGGCGGGCACGCAUCCUGCUGCGGUACAUCCAGGAGCACAACCUGACAGUGUUUGGGGACUUACCACACUGAACUGACCUCCAGCUGGCACAGUGGUGCUGCCUUGCAAAUCCUGGUGGCCGCAGAUGUAUCUCACACCCUCAGUGUAGGUGGAGACUGCAUGCAGGUGCUUGCCUCUCCAAAAGGUGUUCCCUCCCCUCCUUGUAGGGUGCCCUGGAAAAGAAGAUGGGAUCACACAGAGUUGGAAAGAGGCAGAGGAGACAUCUCCUGAAAUAAUCCACAACUGCUUGAGAAGGGCAAUGUUUAUCAAGUAAUGGUCUCAGCAUGGAUUUUCAAAGGAGAGGCACAUCCACGAGACUUUUUUGGGUGCCUUCACCCCUCCCACCCCAGCAACUUCAAAAACUGGUGGCUUGGACAGUUGAACAGUCUAUGGGGACCAUGGGAAGAGUUAAAGAUGUGGUGAGAGGCACUGCUCAAGGCUGGGGGAAAUCACUGGCAGCCUUUCCAUGCCUUGCACUGGGCUUUUUUUGAUGAUGCCUUUGCUGUUUCCAAAACAUUAUAGGCAGAGAUGUCGGAGUGGUGUCAAGGAAAGUAGAGGAGACCUUCUGAAGUGGAUUAAGCAGGAACAAGUUGCUCGAGCUGAGCUCUGUCUUACUUCAGUGGAAGAGGUGAUGUGGGCCUGGGAGCAGGUAUAAACCACUGCCCAAGCCAGGGCUAAGAGGGACCCUGGACCACGGGAAGGGCCUGGCAGCAGCUGCCUCCGUGGAGGUUGUGGUGCCAUUCAUCCCUGCACGGUGGGUGCCUCAGCAGAGCUGGGCUUCUCCCAAGAUGUCUUUGGGGGUAUGGGAUUUGAAGGUUUCAAUUUCUUACUUGCUCAUUCCCUUCACUGUCAAGGAAUUAAAAGGCAAACCUAUGCAAGCUCUGCUGCUUGUGAAAAACCACUCCUGCCUGCUCUGUUAGGCACUGCUGCAUGAAACUCUUUUGAAGGCUUGCGGAAAAAUCUUCCAACAAAAAUGCCAGGCUAUUUCAGCAGAAGACAGUCUAGUGCAAAAUGCUUUCUGAGCAUGUUGGCACUUCCAGCAGAGCUUAUCCUGCUCCUGUCACCUCCUUAGGCUCCUGCCCAGCAACCCACUGUGAUGGGCUACAACAGCAUCCCACCCACACAUCAGGGCCAGGGGAUAAUUAAAAAGCAAGACAUACAGGAGGAAAAAAGAUAUAGGGAUGGUCUCUGACAGAGCCUCUCUCACUCUGUGUGGCAUUUUCCAACUAAGGCAGGCAGUCAGUGCUUGCUUGCCAGGAGGAGUCAGCUCCCAGCCUGCAGGCUGAUGGUUUGCCACCAGGAGCUUCAGGGAGUAGCUCUCCAUUUGUCCAGCAUUACAGGUGUAGUCUCCAUGCUUUAGGGACUCCAAGUCACUCAUGCCUUUGGGAAGUCUCAGCAAGAUUAUUGUGGGCACCAGUGCUGCUGUCCUGUUGCCCUAGCUUUGGAGAAUAUGGCCACUCAUGCAGUGGGAGAGGCAGAAAAGGUGAGCAUUUUUGUCAUUCCUGCUCCAGCCAUCUCAGCACCGUCACAGUUACAGAGCCUGCAAGGGGACAAUUUAACACCAUAAGCAAAAAUAAUGGCCUUUUUUCCCUUUUCUUCUUGCUGAAGAGAAGAUGCAGCGAGUCAUGGAUGACAUGAAUCAACAAGCUCAAGUGCUCUCAGAAGGUGUUGCCAUUCAACAUCACUGGCACAUCAACACCCAGAGCACCAGUAGCAUCUUCCUGGAGUCCUGCCCUCCAGUUAUCCAGGGAAAGCCAUACCACAUUAGCCUUGCCUUCUCAUGAGUUAUCACCUGGAUUUCUGUUCUAUGGGAUGGAUGACUGUCAGGAAGUCCCACUAAGGUUCCUAUCAUGGGGAUUCAUCACUGGGAAGCGAGCUGAGCUUGUGAGCAUGUUGGAGAACAAAAUAACUCAUCCUGGGUCCUGUGAAAAGCCAUGCCUAAGCAGAGUCUUAUAUGCAUAAGGGAGACUAAAUGUAACAUAAUUAAAUCCAGCAAAUAGUCUGUCAAAAGCUAUAUGGUAACAAGAGCAUUAGUUAGGAUGUGUGGCAUCAGUCGUAGUCUUGUUUUUCUCAUCAAAACAAGACAUUUCAUUAAAAGAGAGGUUUUAUUCUCAUGUAAGCCAAGUCCUCAGUGGGAGGCACUGCACUGUCACCAAAGAUGUUGACUGGCGUGUGCUGGAACAGCAGUUUUGCCUUGCCUCUGGUUCCAUCUCUUGCCUCUGGUUGCACCUACUCGACCUUAGCAUCGUACAAGGCUGGGGGGGGUUCUAGUUUUUUUUGCAUUUCCUUGGUUGUAACACGUGAGCUUGCUGGCUAAACAAGU